AUAGAGGAAUUCCCUUAUAAUUAUUUUCUCUAAAAAAUUGCAUGAUUGAAGGAAUUUUGCUUUUCUCAAUCAUCUUUUAUAUUAUCAAGAUUUGGUUAGAUUGGGCUCAUAGCUUUUACAUUUUAUUUCCUCAUGCUUUGCUGAACCAGUGGCAGGCAUGUUGCUUGUCUUUAGUCUUAUACCGCCAAAACCUUCUGGUUUUUUUGGCUCUUGGAUUCUGACACAAGGUGCGAGUGAGUGAGUGCAGUUGUUGGAAAGAAUAAGGUUAAGUGUAUGUGAGGUUCACACAUGAGAAAACAACACAAGAACCAAACCAAGAAUUUUUCUUUUUGGGUUCAAUCUUAUCUAACUUUCAGAUCAUUCCUAACUCCCAUCUACCCUUUACUAGCCACUUUCAGAUUAUAAUCAGUAGCUAUUUUUGGGAAUUGGGUGUUUGAUUUGUGCCUUGGAUUCAAUGGAGGCAAGAGCAAGUAUUGUCUUCUUUUGUUCUGUGGUCUUGUCUUGCUUAUGGACUUCUGUAUUUGGAUUGCUAUCUGACAAAGGUGUCAACUACGAAGUGGAAGCUUUGAUGGGCAUAAGGAGUUCACUGAAUGAUCCUCAUAAUGUUCUUAACUGGGAUGCAACUGCUGUGGAUCCUUGCAGCUGGACUAUGAUCACUUGUUCUCCUGAUGGUCUGGUUAUCGGCCUGUAAGAAGUUAUAUAUAUAUAUAUGUAUAGGAGCUCCUAGCCAAAGUUUAUCUGGAACUCUUUCACCAAGCAUAGGAAACUUGACAAAUCUCCAGCUUGUGCUUCUGCAGAAUAACAACAUAACAGGAAACUUACCCUCUGAGCUUGGGAGGCUUUCAAAGCUCAAAACACUUGAUCUUUCUAAUAACUUCUUCAGUGGUCAAAUUCCCCGUACUCUAUCCAAUCUAAAAAACCUCCAAUACUUGAGGCUAAACAAUAACAGUCUCUAUGGACCAAUUCCUUCCUCUUUGGCCAACAUGACACAACUUUCCUUCCUGGACUUGUCUUACAAUAAUCUGAGUGCUCCUGUUCCUAGUUUUCAUGCUAAAACCUCCAACAUUGUAGGAAAUCCUCUGAUAUGUGGAACUGCAAAAGACUGUCCUGGAUCCAUACUCACUCCACAAUCUAUGUUCUUGAAUAAUUCACAAAACUCUCAACCUUCUGGUUCUGGAAGUGGGAAGGGCCACAAAGUUGCUUUGGCCUUUGGUUCAAGCUUAGGCUGUGUCUGCCUGUUGAUUCUUGGAUUCGGUUUUCUUCUGUGGUGGAGGCGAAGACACCACCAGCAAAUAUUUUUUGAUGUUAAUGAGCAACGUCACGAAGAACUCAACCUUGGAAACCUGAAGAGAUUUCAAUUCAAAGAACUUCAGGUAGCUACAAACAACUUCAGCAGGAAGAACCUGAUUGGAGAAGGUGGUUUUGGAAAUGUUUACAAAGGGUAUCUCCAAGAUGGAACAGUUGUAGCUGUUAAAAGACUCAAAGAUGGAAAUGCCAUUGCUGGUGAGAUCCAAUUUCAAAGAGAAGUAGAGAUGAUCAGCCUAGCAGUGCAUCGAAAUCUGCUUCGGCUGUUUGGAUUUUGCAUGACAGCAACUGAAAGGCUGUUGAUUUACCCUUACAUGUCCAAUGGAAGCGUCGCUACUCGUUUAAAGGCCAAGCCAACCUUGGACUGGGGCACAAGGAAAAGGAUUGCCUUAGGAGCUGCAAGAGGUUUAUUAUACUUGCAUGAGCAGUGUGAUCCCAAGAUAAUUCACAGGGAUGUUAAGGCUGCAAAUAUAUUGCUUGAUGACUACUGUGAAGCUGUUGUAGGAGAUUUUGGAUUGGCAAAGCUAUUAGAUCAUCGAGACUCACAUGUGACCACAACUGUGAGAGGUACAAUGGGCCACAUAGCCCCCGAGUAUCUCUCAACAGGUCAAUCAUCUGAGAAAACAGAUGUUUUUGGGUUUGGAAUUCUUUUACUUGAAUUAAUUUCCGGCUUAAGAGCUGGGGAAUUUGGGAAGUCUGCAAAUCGAAAAGGAGCUAUACUUGACUGGGUGAAGAAGAUUCAUCAGGAAAACAAGCUUGAGUUAUUAGUUGACAAGGAUCUGAAGAACAACUAUGAUCGAAUUGAGCUGGAAGAAAUGAUCCGGGUGGCUCUGCUAUGUGUCCAAUAUCUUCCAAGUCACAGACCUAAAAUGUCAGAAGUGGUGCGGAUGCUAGAAGGAGAUGGGCUUGCAGAGAAAUGGGAAGCAUCUCAGAGAGCUGAAUCAACCAAAUCAAGAGCCAAUGAGUUCUCAUCAUCAGAGCGCUACUCUGAUCUUACCGAUGACUCUUCAUUGCUCGUCCAAGCAAUGGAACUCUCUGGACCCAGGUGACAAUAUUUCUCAUAAGGAUGGGAAAUCAUUUGACUUAGUUUGAAAUGAACAAUAAAAAAUAAAAAUUCUAAGACAGAAUCCGUAGGAAAACAAACUUCUUGUAUAUCAGCAAACAUAUUGGAGUCUAAAGCUUUGUGAAAACUUUUCUUACUGUACAGAAUCGGUAUUUAAAAUGAUAUAUAAUUGAGUGAUACAUGUCUUCUUUUCGUUGUUUUUGAGUGAAGAUACUUGGGAGAUUUUCAGCUGGGGUUGCUUGUAAUAAUUUUCUUUUAAUAAAAAAUUUGUUUCUUUCUUCUGAA